UGUCCGGCCCGGAAUGCGCCGCAGCGCCCGGGAACAUGGGCCGGCAGAGCCCGCCGAGCAACGGCGUCGGCGGCCACGGCUGCCCACCUGCCGGCUCCCUUCAGACCUCGCUGAGAGCUGCACUUCCAACCAGGAACUCGCAGGAGCAGGGCCGGGGCAGUGGAUGAGGUGCCACGUGGGCAGAGGAGCCACCUCCCCUAUCGCUGCCGGGAGGGCACAGCUGUUUCUCCAUCGAAAUCCUUUUAAUUCCUCCCUCCCCAAAUCCUAUUUGGACACGUCCCUUAUAGAACGAAUCCUGUUUGGAUCCCAAGAAUUGUUGCAUCUAUGGGAAAAGCCUUUAGGGAAAGGCAGUGUUUGUGGCCUCAUCCUGCACUCCAGUCCUGCAGCUGCUCAGCAAAGCCUCCUUACUGGGAACUCCUCCAGUGUGGGAUAUCAAGUGGCUCUCGGCUGCUUCUCUCUUUCCUCACAUGAGGCAGUGGUGACAAAUUCCACCAUGUGGUGUGAAGUAGUGUCCCUUCUCCGCUCCCUGGGAAGCACUCUGGUGUCCUACUUUGAUGCUAAGAAGAAAAGAAAAGUGGCAGAGAUUUACCAGGCUCUGAACAGUGACCCCAUCGACGUGGCAAAGCUGAGGCGGAUGGCAAUCAGCGAGGGCGGGCUGCUCACUGAUGAGAUCCGGUGUAAAGUGUGGCCAAAGCUGCUCAGUGUUAAUACAGACGACCUGCCCCCUCUUCCAGCAGGGAAGGAGCUACGAGAGGACAGUAAGGACUACCAGCAAGUGUUACUGGAUGUGCGGCGAUCCCUGCGCCGCUUCCCACCAGGGAUGCCAGAUGACCAGAGGGAAAGAUUGCAGGAGGAGCUCAUCGAUAUCAUCCUCCACGUCCUCCAGCGCAACCCCCAGCUCCACUACUACCAGGGAUACCAUGACAUCGUGGUCACCUUCCUCCUGGUGGUGGGGGACAGGCUGGCUGCAGCACUGGUGGAGAAGCUCUCGACACAUCAUCUCAGGGAUUUUAUGGACCCAACAAUGGAUAAUACCAAGCACAUUUUAAAUUACCUGAUGCCCAUCAUAGACCAAGUGAACCCUGAGGUACAUGACUUCAUGCAGAGUGCAGAGGUGGGAACCAUCUUUGCUCUCAGCUGGCUGAUCACCUGGUUUGGCCACGUUUUGUCUGACUUCCGGCACGUUGUACGAUUAUAUGAUUUCUUCCUGGCUUGCCACCCACUGAUGCCCAUUUAUUUUGCGGCUGUGAUCGUGCUGCACCGGGAGCAGGAAGUUCUGGAUUGCGAGUGUGACAUGGCCUCUGUCCACCACCUCCUGUCCCAGAUCCCACAGGACCUUCCUUAUGAGUCUCUGAUCAGCAAAGCUGGGGACCUUUUUGUCCAGUUCCCGCCUUCCGAACUCACCAAGGAGGCAGCUCAGGCAGCUCAGGCAGAACGAACUGCGGCUUCCACUUUUAAGGACUUUGAGUUGGCAUCAGUGCAGCAGAGACCAGACACUGUGUUGAGGCAACGUUUCAGAGAGCGGCUCCGAGGGGAGGAGCGCCUCCGAGGGGAGGAGCGGACAAAAUCCAUCUUGACAAAGCCCCGGACCAACCGCUUUGUCAAGCUGGCAGUGAUGGGGCUGACGGUGGCUCUAGGAGCAGCUGCCCUGGCUGUGGUGAAAACUGCACUCGAGUGGGCACCCAAGUUUGAACUGGAGAUUUCCCCUUGAAACCGGAGGAAAGGCCUUUGCUGUCACUGCAUCCAUCCCCAGCAGGAAGGGCUGAUGUUUGAUUAAGGACGUGUCCAGAAACAA